AUGGAGCCAGAGCAAUUAAAUGAUUAUCCAUAUAAUCUAACAAUUCCAUCACAUUGUGAUCCGUCGCUUCCGGUAUUUACAUCGAUUCGUCAGCUUAUAAGCCAAGAUAUAAUUGAUCCAAAAGUCAUUAAUUUUAUUGGAUGUGACCCACAGUGUGGUCUUUGCUACCACGGAUCCAAAGAAUGGGAUUAUAUGCAGUUUAAUAUUAUUGUCAUUGGAGUCAUUCUUCCAAUUGUUGGAGUUUUGGGAAUUUGCGGGAAUGCUAUCUCAGCAUUCGUUUACAGCAGACCAGAAAUGCAAUGCUCUACAAAUUUCUAUUUAUUUGCUUUGGCUUGUUCAGAUACUGGUGUUGCCCUCACCGGUAUUUUUCUAUUUUCGUUGGAAUCAUUUCGGCCAUUCUCUCUAACAGUCGCAAGACUUUCCGGGUCGCUCUCUGCAAUUGUAUAUCCAAUGGCUAUGACUGCCCAAACGUGCUCGGUAUAUUUCACUGUGUGCGCUGGAAUUGACUGCUUCGUGCAGGUAUGCCUUCCGGAAAAAGUCCGACGACUAUUCAGUAAGAAAUCGACAGUUCACGUUUUGGCAACAUUAGUGCUUGUGUUCUCUGUUCUCUACAACGUUCCUCAUUUCUUUGAAGGAUUCGUCAUUGAUUGUUAUCAUGUCGAACUAAAAGGAAUGAGCAAGGAAGUGUGUCCAGCAACUUUGAGAUAUAAUGAAUUAUAUCAAAUGAUAUAUUACAAGUAUAUGUAUGCAAUCUUCCUCGCUGUUGGCCCGCUCAUUUUGUUGGUCAUCUUGAAUUCAUUCAUUAUUGGAUUCUCCGUAUUUGGCUCUAGCGGCUCUGGAACAGAUGAUACAAUGUCUUUGAUUCUGGUUGUACUAUUAUUCAUUUCUUGCAACACUAUUGCACUUAUUAUUAACAUUUUUGAAAGCUAUUUGUCUGAUGUACUUGGUGGAAAAAUCAAUUAUCUUGUGGAUUUAUCCAAUUUUUUGGUAGUUUUCAACUCGAGCUUUAACAUUAUAAUUUAUUACAAAUACUCUAAACCAUUUGCGGAUACUAUUCACACUUACUUUUGCCGUCGGAAGCAGAAGUCCGAUAGUCCAGGCCCCGGACCACCAAUCGUGAUUACGGACAAAGCCAGAUCGCAGAUCUGCAAAGAUACGUUUUCAAGAUUACUGGCAGCGUCGCAGCCAGAGGUACUCAUUUAA